CCCUGACAUUUCUUUUCUGAUAUAGUAUUUAUAAUGGAAAGACAUUCAACGUUAUAUUUUACUGAUGGUAAAAGAACCGUAGACUUUAUUUUGGUUUAUAGAAAAAGCUGGUUAGUUAAUCCUGAUAAGAUUUCCAAAUUUGAAAAAUUUGUAGACAAUCUAAAAACAGGAGGAUUUGUUCUUGAAAGUGGACACUUUACUGUAGAUCCAGACUUUGUGUUUAUCAAGAUCCAUGCUCCCGACGAUCUUAUUGUUAUAUACGCUAAUUUAUGUGAUGUUGAUCUGGCAAGUAGAAGUAUGGCUUAUCGACCUAUUGUUAAACCUCCUCCGCAUUUUAUGGCAACCCCUCUAACGGAUCCAGAUGAACACGGCGGAAUAUAUGAACGUGCUCCGUAAAGAAUCCAUAUCAGGUCAAGCUCCAACAACGAUUACUUCUGCUGAAAAGGGCUUAAUAAUUUAUAAAAUAUUAACUAGAAUGAAAUAUGGGUCUAAUCUCAAGGAAUAUGGUCUUACGAGAUUAUGCAAAGAAAAAAUUAUUUGCGAUUAUUUCAUUUUACAUGAAGGAAGUUAUGAGUGGACGGAGAGCGGAAGUCUCACUGAUCGUCAGCUUUUAGCAAAAUAUUGGGGCAACUUCAAAUGUUGGUAUAAGGCGCAGCCAAUGUUUCUCAUAGAAAAAUAUUAUGGACCUGAAUACGCAUUCUAUUUCGCUUGGAUGGAACAUUAUAUUAAGAUGUUAAUAAUUCCGGCAAUUUUGAGUAUUUUUAUAUUAAUUUAUGGAAUAUCAGUGACAUUUUCGGAUUGGAAUGUUAGGAGUAAAGAAAUAUGCCAAAGUGAGCAGAUUAUGUGCCCAAAAUGCCAUUAUCUCAAAUGUAAAUUUGAAAGAUUAAAAAGCACGUGUAUGAUGGCUUACAUAACCAGUCUUUUUGACAAUCGAAUGUCGAUCAUGUUUUCGGUUUUCGUUUCAUUGUGGUCUACAGUUUUCAUGGAAUACUGGCAAAGAAGACAAGCUGAACUACAACUUCAAUGGAACGUAAAGGACCUUCCGUAUGAUACAGUGACAAGACCAGAAUAUGUUACUAAGGCUCGAAAAGUGAGAUAUUUGAAAAAUAGUAAUAUCGAAUACCACUAUAUACCUUUGGUUGACAAAUGCGUUUCGUACACAGUAACUACAACGACUAUAUUAUUGAUGCUGACAUUGGUACUAGCUGCAGUUCUAGGUGUCAUGAUUUAUAGGAUUACCGUGAACGUGAUUUUACUAAGACGAAGCGAAGAUAAGAUCAUUGUUAAUAACAGACAUAUUAUAGCUUCAGUAACCGGUGCGUGCAUAUCUGCCACCUUUAUUAUCAUAUUUAAAAAGUUGUUCGAUAAGCUAUCAUUUUGGUUAACCGAGAUUGAAAACCAUAGAACACAAUAUGAAUUUGAUAACGCUUAUAUUUUAAAAGGAUAUGGACUAGCAUUUGUUAAUAACUAUGCAGCAGUCAUAUACAUUGCUUUCUUUAAGGGAAAGUUUUUUACACAUCCAGGCGAUAUGGGAAAAUGGGAAGAAUUUGGUGGUUUGGGUUCGGAUAUUUGUGACGCAAAUGGUUGCAUCGUCGAUCUCAGCAUUCAGUUGAUCACAAUAAUGGUUUUUAAAGCUUUUAUGAGUCAUGGUUUGCAAAAUUUCAUUCCGGUACUACGAAAGAAGUUCUCCCAUUAUAAGCUGAAGGUCAAUAGAGAAACAAAUUUAACUUUUUACGAGGAGGAAUUUUUUAAACCGAAUACGGGGCAUUAUUUUUUGAUAGAAGAAUAUCAAGAUAUGGUGAUUCAAUACGGCUUCGUUGUAUUUUUUGUGGCUGGUUUUCCUCUGGCUCCCUUACUCGCAUUUAUUAACAACAUUUUUGAGGUGAGAACAGAUGCAUCCAAAAUAACGAAGAGCUUUCGAAGACCGAUAUGUAAUAAAGUGACGGGAAUUGGUGCGUGGUUCGGUAUCCUGCAGGCUAUUACAUACGUCGGAGUGGUAUUUAAUGCAUUUGUAAUAGCAUUUACGAGCAUGUUCGUCGAAUUGGAAGUUUAUACACAUACAAAGCAUCGGCUAGAAACUGGAUUUUAUAAUUUCACUAUAUCUGCAUAUAAUAUAAGUGACUUUGUUUUUGCAAGAAAACACGUGGACUUAUUAGGGCACAAGUUGUGUUUCUAUCCGGGAAUGAGGUACCCACCAAAUCAUCCGGAAAAGUAUCAGCUAACUCCUGAUUAUUGGUUUGUUUUAACCAUGCGAUUUGUGGCUAUUGUAAUAUUUGAGCAUUUAGUGAUUUUUGUAAAAGGGAUAUUGGCUUACGCUAUUCCGGAUGUGCCAGAAAAUGUUGUGGGAGAACUAGCAAGAAAGAGAGAAAGUACACGACUUUCAUAAUUUUUCUUCAAAUGUACUAACAAUAAAAGAAAUAAACUAUUACUUUAUAA